UCAACGCUGCAGCGCCCAGCCAACGCGACGGAGUGGCCUGGCGCACCGGCACCGCCGACAGGCGACAGUCGACAGCGUCCAGCGCUGCGGACGCCAUGGCGUCUCUUCUGGGACUUGGCGUGCUUCUGACGAUUACCGCCACCAUCGCAGGAACUCCAGCACGAGAUGCUACUCCGUACAAAGUGGUGUGCUACUUCGAGAGCUGGGCGGUGUACCGGACGGGCAAGGGCAAGUACGACGUGGAGGACAUCGAUCCCUACAUCUGCACCCACUACGUCUACACGUUCGCCGGGCUCAAGAACGACCACACCAUCGUCUCGCUGGAUCCUUGGAACGACCUGUACGCUGACUACGGCAGAGGCGCUUACCUUCGCUUCACCCGGAUGAAGCAGAAGAACCCUGAGAUCAAAACCAUGCUAUCAAUCGGCGGCUGGAACGAGGGGUCCAAAAAGUACUCACAGAUGGCCUCCACAGCAGCCAAUCGCAAGAAGUUCAUCAACAGUGUGGUGAAGUUCCUCCACAAGUUCAACUUCGACGGGCUCGACCUGGACUGGGAGUACCCGACGCUGCGGGGAGGCGCGCCGGAUGACGUGGACAAUUACAGCCUGCUGCUGAAGGAGCUGCACGAGCGGCUGAACCCGCUGGGUCUGCUGCUGAGCGCGGCCGUCUCGGCUGGCAAGCAGACCAUCGACCCGGCCUACCAUCUCGCUGACCUGAACAAGUACCUGGACAUCGUGAACGUCAUGACGUACGACUACCACGGCGACUGGGACCCGUUCAUCGGCCAUAACUCGCCGCUCUACCUGUCGCACCUGGACGUGGAGCACGGCAACAACUUCGAGUACUUCAGCGUGAACUACUCGAUGAACUACUACCUGAGGGUCAUCGAGCCCUCGAAGCUGAUGCUGGGCAUGCCGUUCUACGGGCGCGGCUUCGUGCUGGCCAACAGCGAGCACCACACGCCGUACGACCCGUCCAAUGGGCCGAUGGCCGGCUGUCCUUACUCGGGCGAGCCCGGCUUCUGUGGCUACAACGAGCUUUGCGAGAAGAUCUUGAAGCCGACCUGGACGUACGUGAGAGACAGCGAGCAGAAGGUGAUCUACGGCUACAAAGGCAACACGUGGGUGGGCUGGGAUGACCUUCAGGCGGUCAAGCUCAAGAUGGAGUUCCUCAAGAGCCUGGGAUUGGGUGGAGCCAUGAUCUGGGCGAUCGACUCGGACGACUUCCGUGGCGUAUGCGGACCCAAGUACCCGCUGCUGAACCUGGUCUGGAGCGAGCUGAACGGCGCCGUGCCGUCGCCCAGCCCCCUGCCGACCACCACACCCGACCCCACUGCGCCGACGCACCACACGCGGCCGACGAAGCCGACCCCGCCGCCGGGCCCGACGCCGGAGCCCAGCCACGUCUGCGUGAAGCCCGGCCUCAACCCCGACCCGGACAAGAUGUGCUCUCCCUACUUCUACGAGUGCGUCCAGAACGGCGACAGCUGGGACUACCAGCAGUUCUCGUGCGGCGACGGUUCGGUGUUUGACCGAGUCAAGCUCGUGUGCGUGUGGCCGGACGACUCCGACGAGUGCAAGACCACACCAGCGCCAUCUGCGUAGAUCUUGACCGACGCCGGCGUUACCUGCCGCGCGUCGAUCGUUGAUCUGGCCGCAACACGCCGACCGGUGAUGACGUCACGUUUUGGAGAGCGACUGUCGUCCGUCGCGGCCAAUGCCUGGCUCACAACUAAAAAGGGAGCCGCGGAGCUGAACGGCACGCUGUCGCGACUGCUGUCCAUCAGUGGGUCUCCCGUGAACAUGUCUGAACGUCCCCGCCCAUAAAUCGAAGGACGACA